GAGAGAGUCUCUCUCCGACUCCGGAGCACAGGACGACACUGACUGACGGAGAGAGAGACUGUGACUUCAGGAUGAAGAGGACACUUGUGAUGUUUCUGAUCAUCUUGUCUGCAGAAAUGAUCCUGGGAGUGCCUCAUGCCAUUUGUCCAAAUCAGACAAUCGAGGCAGGACAAAAUAUCAGUCUUACUGCUUAUCUGGACCUUCCGGUGGACUUGUCUGCUUAUACUGUGGUUUGGAAGAGAGAUGACCUCAACAAGGAUUGUGUCCACGCCUAUCGAGGUAAACUUGACCUUCCUCGUGAACAGUCGGCUCAAUACAGAGGAAGAACAACUCUCGACCCUGAAGACCUGACCAGAGGAAACCUGACACUGUGGAUCUUCUCCGCACAGCCGUCUGACAGUGGACGAUACAAAGUGUACAUCCCAAAACUGCUCGUUGGUUGUAUCAUUGACCUUUAUGUCGAGGACAAACAGAACGACACAAAGAGAAAUGAUUUCAGCCCAACUAUACCUCCAGACGAUCGAGAUGCUGCAAACAUGGAGGCUGUCAGGCACAUUGUCAUUCCCAGUGUUGUUGUUGGUGCUGCUAUUGCUGUUGGAGGUCUAAUCGUUUUCCUGGUGAAAUCUGGAAAAAUCAGUAAAGACUGUCAAGAAGACGCAAGAAGUAGAGAUGAUGCCAACAGACUGUGAGAUGGAAAACCUGAAGACAGAAACAACAGAAGGAUGAAUCCACCCAAUCCUGCAUGCAGGACAAAAUGUUAUGUUAAGUGUGUGUGUAGAAACAUUUGCCUUUC